ACCUUCAGUUGACUCUUUCAAGAGAAGACUGAACACUCACAGAGGCAUACUAGAAAAGGAAUAACAUAGGCCAUAAGCCUCCUGUCCUUACUACACAAAUCUGUGUGCUUCCAGCGGCUGUUUUAUGUAUUGACGGUACCUGUGUUCUAAUUGUAAAGUAAAGGGUUGACAGUAUAGUUUUUAUCCUGAAACAAGUCUAUUUUUACCAUCAGUGAAUUUCUUCAAAAAAUGCCAAAAACAAAGAAGCGAUCCGUUGAUAGUUCAAAUGUUCUCUGUUCUCGUGAUGUGUCGAAGAUUCGCAAACUAAUGCGAGAAAAUAUUGAUGAAGAAAAACUAGUUGUUUCAAAAUCCCUAACCGAUGAAGCUGCAAUUAUAGAGUCAGAGUCUGAUAAUGAGGAAUCUGAAAUGGAAGAAGGAUUCCAACUUGAUCUUCCUGAUUUCGAUUCAUGUGGUGGUGACGUUUUAGAAGAUGAUGAAGAUUGGAAGAAGUUUUUCAAAUCGACCAGCGACAACAAGGAACUGGUGACAGAACUUAAAAAAAAUUUGACUGAAUCAAAAUUGAAGAUUUCUGAAGAUAUGUCUCAGUACACUGGUAGUAUUAUUGGUGAUUUGGAUGAAGUAAGAGGAUUCGAAAGUUUAAAUGAACUUCCUGAAGAACUACGGGAUCACUUAAAUCUUUUAAUUGAUGUACUGAGAAGUUACAGAAGUGGACCAUUACCAAAAACAAUCAAAAUGUUACCACAUUUAGAGGGAUGGGAUAGUCUGUUAGAGAUGUUAAAACCAUUAGAAUGGUCAGUUCAUGUAUAUCCACGUAUUGUUAAAGUGUUUGCAUCUAAAGGUCAUGAACCAGCAAAUCACUUUUUUGAAUCUUAUUUAUUACCUAAAGUAAAACAAGAUAUUGAAGAAAACAAACGUUUAUGUGUUCAUUUAUAUGAAGCACUAAUUGCAUCUAUGUUUCGACCAGAAGAGUUCGUUUCCGGUGUCUAUCUACCUUGGGUUCAGUCGGAGAUUUCCAAAACUGAAGGUGUAAUCCUGUCCAAUCUAAUUAAAAGGGCGACAUUAAAAUCACGUUUUGCUGCAGUCGCUCUUGCUCUUACAUUAGAAGAAGAUUUCAGCAUUCCUCGAUCAAUGGUUAUUGAGACAUUUUUAACCAAAAAGUAUCACUUACCAGAAGCCGCUGUUCAAAGAAUUAUCGAUUAUUUCAUUAGUUUUGAUAAAGAUUGCACUGUUUACUUCACCGAUGAGAAGCGUAUGCCGUUGACCUGGUUCAAAAGCUUAUUGGUAUUUUUGGAGUUUUAUAGGCAUUGUGUUAACCCGUCUCAGCGUGAAAAGUUACUUAAAUUAUGUCGCCGUCAUGAACAUCCACAAAUAACACCAGAAAUUAGAAGCUUGCUGGGAACUAUUUCACCUAACUAACAUAAUUUUUAACAUCAAAUUGUUUUGUAAAUACACUUAAUUUGAUAAAAUAUUAACAGAUUCUGUUCUAGUA